GGCGCAUUCAUGGCAUAUCCUCGCUUGCUGUUCGGUUCAGUGGUGCAACUGUUUCUUCCCCUCUAUCGCGCGCCGUGUUCGAGCCCGACUUGUUGGGGGGUUCCUGAUCCUUAUUAUGGCGAGUAUGGACGGCAGCAACCGCGCUAGCGCASGGGCAAGRUCUGCCCCUCAGCAGUUUACCUGGGAUUCCUAUAUUUCGAAGGGGGAAAGCCGAUCUCUCUCUAGCGCCCUUCAGGAGAGGCGUGUUAUGGCCGAGGCGUCYCAAGCAGCACUGUCAUCCACAUCAGCGUCGUCUCCACCAGCGCCUCCAUUGUCAUCAGGAUCGCAGCAGAUAGGGCCUCCCGCAGCGCCUUCAUUUGCAGCAGCUCCGCAGUCCAUGGCGUCUCCGGCAGCGCCUUCGAUGCCAUCAGCGUUGCAGUCGGACAAGAGGAUGACGCUGCUGCACCCUGUUUUAUUUGUAUCAGCCAAUAGGAGCACAUCACCCAUAUUGUUGUAUACUGCAUCUUCUUCCUUCAUGUCCACGGCCGAGAGUUUGUCUUGCAACGCGGUGAUUACGGACUUGGUAUUUCAGCCAAACGGCAGCGAGUUUUACUUCAUUCUGGACGAGAGAUGCGAGCAGAAUGAAACGACUCAGCAGAGGCGAAUGUCGUUUCGGAAAGCAGAUCUUGCGCGUAUCCGYGAAGGAUUUGUCAAUAUGGAUGACCAUUCGUUGCUAAGUUACUGGUGGCCUUACGGYGCAGAGAGCGGUUCCGUGCAAUCGUGGGRCUCGAUAAUCAAGAGGGGUACAAACGACAAUAUAACGAUGGCUAUUGUUCAUAAUCUCGCYGUCACGACUGUGGGAGACUAUCUUAUCAUGGCGGCGAAUGGUGACGAUCGCACCACAUCAAGCAUCUUGUCGAUGUCGACAACUGAUGGUCAUCGAAAAUCRGUUUCCGUGCCGGCGAACUUCUUGCGAGGACUUGCCUUCAAUCCGAGGCGCACACGCGUGUAUGUGUCUGAUACUAUGUAUCCUGUUCGAAUCCUGUCAUCACCAGUAAAUGAUUCUGGCAUGCCCAUCGACGGCGCACAGUGGGAACUAGUCAAGAAAUUUGCGAUCGGCGAUGACAUUGACAUGAAGGGCAUUUCUUUCGGCGCGAACAACUUUCUGCCGGACGAGAGCUGUCUUUACUUCCUGGAACGUACCAACAACCGUGUUUGGGGUAUCGAUCCACUCUCCGAUUCGCCAUCGGUCACACUUGUCGCGGGAUCUCCAGAGGAUGCGCCGACUAACAGAAGUGACUCUAGUAUCUCCUUUUCUAGCCUGAGCGAUAUAGUCGCGACGCCGGAUGGUUGCAACAUCUUUGUAACCGAGUUCGACACCGGUGUCCUUCGCUGGCUGCAAUUGGACUCUUCCUGCAGCGCAGCCAGCACUGUGAGCAUAGUUGCGCAGCAUUCAACUAAUUAUGGAUUAGCUGGAUUGGCGCUCCACCAAUCCGGGGAGGAGUUGAGUCUGUACGUUGGAGCKAGCGACGGUUCCGUGUUUGAGCUCAAUAUCGACAGCUCCAAGCUGCACACGUGCGCCCCUCCUUCCGCCAGUUCUCAUAGUCUCCCCUCUCCUCUCUCCAGCACUGGUCCUGGUUUGUCCUCUCCUCAUCCGCUAGAUUCGUCUAUCUUUUCUCCUGUUCCCUCUUCCGAGUCUUUGCCGCCUUAUCCGGGACGUCCCUUCCGCUCUUYCUCGAUCAAUCGUCGGUUGGCUCUCGUCAUCGCCCUUCCCCUUUCAGCUUUAGCACUCCUUGGUGUUGGGGCAUGCCUCUAUUACUGGGCUCGUCACCAGCGCGGCGGWCAUCCGAGGUGCACGUUGAGAAGUACCGGAAGUGCUAACGAGACAGGRCCGGCSGAGCGCAGAUCGGAAAUGCRCCCACCGCAUGAGGGAGUAGAUCUUCACCCGACCCAGGUGAAACAGUUUUCGCUCGCAGCUCUGUGUCAUUGCACUGACAAUUUUAGCCAGAGUCACCGUAUCGGCAUAAGUGGAGCGUUCGGUGACGUGUAUUGGGGCUCGAUCGACGAUAAGGAGCUGGCCAUCAAGGUGAUGACAGGCGAUCUGACGGAGGGGAAGAGAAGCAUGUUCCUGAAGGAAUUGAACACGCUGAGCAGACUCCACCAUGCUAACCUGAUCGAACUCGUCGGGUACUCCGACGAGGGAAGUCUCUCCAUUUUGGUGUACCCCUAUUUUCCGGGGGGCAGCCUGGAUGCACGCCUGCACGAGAGAGAGAAAGCGGUUCCUGGGAAACCUAGCCUCCCUCCUCUGACUCUGGUGGAACGCAUGUGCAUCGCCUGGCAAAUCGCCAAGGGAUUGAGCUACCUGCACGACGGUGCCAACCCUCCUAUCAUCCAUCGGGACAUUAAGAGCAGCAACGUGCUUCUGGGCGGCGGUUCUGGGGUGAAUCUGCAUGUCGUCGUCGCGGAUUUGGGCAUAGCGACUAUCGGAGAGAGAGUGCUGGGCGCUGAGCACGAGACGCUGGUGAAGACCUCACACAUGGCGGGGACUUUCGGGUACAUGGCGCCGGAGUACGUGCGGAAUGGAGUCCUGUCGGAGAAGAACGACGUGUACGCUUUCGGCGUGAUUGUUUUGGAGCUGCUCACGGGUAGGAAGGCAGUCACGCAAGCACCGUCUCAGUCCAGGUGGCAAACCCUUGUGGAUUGGGUCAAGCCGUUCCUUGGACGCGGGUCGGCGGGCGCAAAUCUCCCGUACGAGAUCCUGGAUCCUUGCUUGCGGGAUCAGGCGGCGGUAUUGACGGGCAACCACAUGGUGAUGGAGGCGCUCCAGUUGGCGAGCAAGUGCUUGAUGGUGGAGCCUGGUGCCAGGCCAACAAUGAGUGGGUUAGCGGGAAGAAUAGGUUUCAAGGUGGCGCUUGAGAAGUGUCAGUUCUUUCUCACCACCAUUUCCUUCCUAGGUCACGUGGUGACAGACAAGGGACUCCAACCGGAGCCACAAAAAGUGGCAGCUGUCAGGGACGCACCAGUGCCCACCACUAUCACGCAAGUUCGCGCCUUUCUAGGCCUAGCCUCGUACUACCGAAGAUUUAUCAAGGACUUCGCGGCGAUUGCGGGACCCCUCACAAAUCUACUGCGCAAGGAUCAACCGUUGAUCUGGACACCAGAGUAUGAUCAAGCGUUUUCCAAACUCAAGGCCGCUUUCAUUUCGGCUCCGGUCCUUAUAAGACCAGAUCCCGAAAAACCUUUUGUCCUCAUCACUGACUGGCAGCCAGAGGCGAUUUCGCCAAUCCUUGCCCAGGUGGGACCAACCGGACGCGAGGGUGUGGUAGAGUAUGCGUCCAAAUCAGUGCCCGCCUGCAAACGCAACUACGCCGCUCCGACGGGAGAAUGUUACGCAGCUCUCUGGGGAAUCCGUCACUUUCGUGCUUAUCUAUACGGACGAAAAUUCACUCUGGUGACUGAUCAUGAGCCCUUGCUGGCUCUGAAGAAGUCGAAGGAUUACUCGGGCAUGAUCGGGCGAUGGGCAACGGUGCUGCAGAGCAUGGACUUUGAAAUCCGUCACCGGAAGCACGAGAAACACGGGAACGCGGACGGAUUGACACGAUUGCAGCGGCUUGAGAAAAUUCUGAAGAGUGAGGAGGUGAUUCCGUGGAACGAACCUGCGCAAGAGAUCGGGUCUCGGUACGGCCAAGUGGCGAUCUUGUCGAAGCCUCGCCGUCAGUUGAUUGCACAGGAACUCAUCGCACCGAUCGUGCAAUUGGCGGACGAUCUCUCGCCCGACAUCUCCUUUCAGAGUGACAACAGUCCUGCUCCGUACAUUUUCGAACGGUUCUUGGAUCCGUACCUUCAGUGGACUUCGUGCUUGGAGGAACCUAGGGACGAGGAUACGCUACCAUCGCGGCAGGAGUAUCUGAAGUCGUACGAGAUCAUCCCUUACGCCUUCUACUCGAGGGCAGAAGAAGUGGUGAUCGACGACGGCGACGACGAAGAAGAAAACGACGACGAAGAAACACCGGAGGAGGGAAGCUAUAAUGAACAUAGAGAAGGCGAGCUGAGUGAGGAGGAAGAAGAAGCCGGAUCUGAGUGGGAAGCCCCGCCGGAGGAAGCGACGCGUGCAGGAACGGAGGCGGAGGAUCCGGAAGCAGAGCGAAGGCGCGAGGAAAUUGCCACCGGGAAGCGACAACUGGAGUUCGCCAGCAGGGCCAGCCUGCGCAUCGACAACAAUCCGAUCAGGGAUCCGGAGCCGCCAAAGCCCGAAGAUGGCAAACAUGCAACCGCCACCUCAAAUUCCGUUGUUGUUGUAACAAGCGACGAAGCGGGAAAUUUUGCAACUGCUGCAGCCCCAAGAUCAGAACCAGCAGGUGCUGGUCCCAGCUACGCCGGUCCCUUUGUGGAUCGCAAGGCGGUGCAAAUACCGUCUAAGUACGACAGUAAAGAAGACGUGGAAUCCUGGAUCAGCUCCAUGAGAGCGUACUUUGAGGUUCUGGGGACUCAACCGGAGAUCCAGUCCGUGAUCAUGGGAAUGAACGUCGAGCCGAUUAUACGGGGCUUCCUAGAAGUCCAAGCUACGCGAGCUGGAGUUCCAAAGAUAGAUCUAACAAAGUGGCUUAAGACCACCCUGGUUGCCAACCUAGAAGAUCUUCUCAUUGCACAAUAUGCAGAUCCACAUGCUGCAGCGAGGGCAAGAGCCAGCUUGACAAAAUCAAACGCAGCAAGUGGUCGGGCUCCAUGAAAGGCCUUCAGACUUACCUCAGCAAGAUGUUUGCCACCCCGGGAUUAG